CAUACAUAGAAACCCUGGUUGAGGAUCAUAUAAAUUUGAUUAUUCUGCAAGAAAUGUUUUUGAGUCGUCUUCUUUCUAGGGUUUCAUCACAGGACUUUCUGCUGCCGUAACAAUGGUGAACGUACCUAAGGUGAAGAAGACCUACUGCAAGAACAAGGAGUGCAAGAAGCACACCACCCACAAGGUGACUCAAUACAAAAAGGGUAAGGAUAGUUUGGCUGCUCAAGGAAAAAGACGUUAUGAUCGCAAACAAUCAGGUUAUGGUGGUCAGACUAAGCCCGUCUUUCACAAGAAGGCCAAGACUACCAAGAAGAUUGUGUUGAGGCUACAGUGCCAGUCAUGCAAGCAUGUGUCACAGCACCCCAUCAAGCGUUGCAAGCACUUUGAGAUCGGUGGAGACAAGAAGGGCAAGGGAACUUCACUCUUUUAAGUGUGUUAUUGUUGUUUAGUUUAUUUUGUUUACUGCUAGCAUGUUUUAUGGAAGAUAGUUAAACGUUCAAAACAAUUUAUUUUGUGUCAAUGUUUCUGUGAGACCUGUUUAGCCAUUUUUGAAGAAUGACUUGUCUAAUGCCUAAGCUUCUA